GGCCAAAUGUGCCCAAGACAGGCAGAGACAGUGAGACAGAACCAGCCAGUUAGCUGGAAAAGAGGCAAAAAGCAAGUCCUCAAGUGUCUCCUUUCCAUCAUUUCCCCUGGUCUUGUUGGACCAGUCCGCUUUGAAGUAGGGAACUCUGUUAGCAACCCCAAGCAAAAGAGUGAAGCUACUCAGUCGAAGAUCUUUUUCCUCCCUCCCUUCAGCCAUGCAGAACACAGAGAGAUGCGGCUGUCACUUGACACAUAGGAACAGUUUCCCAUGGGAUUCCUCAGUUUGGACCCUUUCUGAAAUUUGCUGCGCUUGCCUUGGUGGUUUGGGGUCGUGCUGCGAAGCAAAGGCAGAAGGCCGAUUCCAGGCAGAGAAAGCAAGGGUUUGCCCCGUGCCGGUCCGUGCCGUGCCCGGGCAGCGCCCCGGGAGCCGCCCCGCCCGCGCUGUGCCCGCAGCCCCGGCUUUGUGCCGCUCGUUCCCGCGCGGGGCCGAGCGCAGCGCCCCCCUCAGGCCGCGCGCCGCCGCUGCAGCUGCGGCCGUUGCGCUGCGGCCGUUGCGGCGCCAGUGGGCGACAGGCGCGAUGGCCGAGCUGCCGCUGCCCGCCGGGCUCGAUGCCAGCACCUUCCCCGCCAAGCUGUGGCGCCUGGCGAACAGCCCCCGCGUCCGCUCCGUGCGCUGGGACACCCAGGGCCGGGGGCUGCUCAUCGACCGCGCCCUCUUUGAGCAGGAGCUGCUCAGCCCGCCCGGCGCCGACGGGGCGGGCAGAGACAGAGGGGCGGCGGUCCCGGACUCCUUCAAAGCCACUCACUUCGGCAGCGUCGUGCGGCAGCUCAAUCUGUACGGCUUCCAGAAAGUGCUGGGUUGCUUUGGCGCGGCUGUGCCGGGCGAUGCUGGGCCCAUCGUGCACUUCCAGAAUCCCAACUUCCGCCGCGACCGCCCCGACCUCCUCCUGCGCAUCAAGCGCCUGACCAGGGCCAACAGGCAGCGGCUGGCAGCCGGGCUGGAGGUGCGCAGCCGCCAGCGCAGCCGCUUCCAGCAGCUCAACACGGAGCGGCCGCUGCUGGACUUCCUCGCCGGGCACCCCCCCAGCGCCGCUCCCUCAUACCAGCACCUCGGUGCUGUCUCACCUGAGGGUUUAGAGCUGCCUCCCAGACCUCCCAAGGCAAGUCCAGGUGCUCAGGAGUCUGAUGCUUCCCCACCACCUCCCAAGAGAAUGUUUGCCACCUCUGGACUUUCUGGGGUCUCAUCAGAGGAACCAGGCACAUGGAAAUUUCCACUCAAGCGUGAGCUCAUCAUUCCACUGGUUCGCAUGGACCUUAAACGCCACCCUGAGCUCAUGGUUCCCCUGGUUCCUGUAGACCAUCAGAGAACUUCCGUGGCCCUUCCACAGAAGCGCAGCUGCACAUCUUCAGAGCAGCACACCCCAGCCUACAGCCCAUCAGCCACACCGGGCAGUUCAGCCCCCAGUGCUUCACGUGGCAGUGCUGGUUGGGCAGCAUGGACGGCCUCCAGCUGGGCUUGGAAUAGUCCUGGGCAAGAGGAAUUGCCACCCCUGGAUCUCGACCUUGUUCUUGAGACACUGGAGGAGAUGCUGUCACCAUCCCUGCCUGAAAGGUCUCCCUGUGCUCAGGUCAAUCUUAGUGUUGCCCCUGAGUCUUCAGGAGGGGAGGCUGGGAACAGGGCUGCAGCAGAGGGAGCUUCACCUGGCACCGAGAGCUGCAGGAACAGUUCCCCAGAGCCCGAGGAGCCUGAUUCCAUCUGAUCUACCUCUC